AUGGCCGCCCUCCCCCCUCCCACUCCCGCUCCCGCUCCCGCACCCUCGCGCUCGCAAUCCCGCCCCCGUUCUCCUCCCCGCGGCGCAGCAUUCUGGUCCACCACCACCACCACCACCACCACUUCCCCUCUUCAUCCCACCGAAGGCGCAGAAGGCGCAGAGGAAGACGAACCUCGCGGCCGGAAAAGCCCGACCAGUCUCGUCCGCUCUCUGGCGAGGUCCCUUUCUCGCUCGGUCUCGACCUCGCGCACCCGCGCAGAGGGCGAAGGAGGGAACGGUGGGAUGAAGACUUGGUCGGAGUUGGUUAUUGGCGGGAGUGCGAGUGGGUCGAGGGAGAGGGAAGGAAGCAGGGCGAGGGCCGAGUCGAAGGAGCCUCGAGGCGCAGUCGGGUUCGGUUCGCGCUCUGUCUCACGUGCUCGUGCGGCGGAGGACUCGCGGGAGAGGGGCGUUGCGGAGCCUUAG